AUCUUAUCAUCGUGAAUUAUGAUACUGAGGGCCUAAUCAGUAAUCAGUGUCGGAGAUGUUGAUGCGAAAUAAAACCUAUGAACGAGCAAAUCUGCCAAUUGAUUAGCGCUCAAUACUGUGCACACAAUGGUGAUGGGUAGAUCGGUAGCGGCUAUAGUGCUCCUAUUAUCGGUGCUAGGGUGCGCCUUUUCGGCACCCAACAGCAAAGCACGCAUCGUGGGCGGCCAAGAUACCACCAUAGAGCAGCAUCCUUACCAGGUCUCGUUACAUCACGGUGGGACACAUUCCUGCGGAGGAUCGAUUCUCAGCGUAAAUACUAUUUUGACUGCUGCCCAAUGCGUAAGCGCAAAUGAAGAACCUAACGACUAUUCAAUUCGGGCGGGAUCCACUGCGCGCAAUGAGGGUGGGCAGUUGGUUACGGUCACCCAAAUUUUUAUUCAUCCAAACUACAUCGAUGCUUCGCUGCAGUGGGACUUAGCGGUUUUGAAGUUGUCAGUGGAUUUGGUUCUCGGCCAAAGUGUUCAACCCAUUGCCUUGCCCAGCAGUACACUUAAAGUACCUCACGGCACCGUAGCAUCAAUUGCCGGAUGGGGAUCUCUUUAUCACAAGGGACCCAGUACCAACAUCCUACAGCAGGUAUCAGUUCCGGUUGUGGAAAAUGGCGUUUGCAGUUUGGCCCUUCAGAACUUCGGAUCCAUCUGGUCGUUUAACCUGUGUGCUGGUGCAUUUGGAGUCGACGCAUGCCAAGGAGAUUCCGGUGGUCCAUUGGUAUUAGAUGGUGCAGUUAUUGGAGUAGCAUCCUGGGGAUAUGGAUGUGGGUUCGAUGGGUACCCGGCAGUUUACUCACGCGUUUCUGAGUUCAUUGACUUUAUCACACAAUAUUUGUAAGAAACACAAUGAAGUAGAAAGGGACAAUCGAAAGCAAUGACGAAUAAAGCCGAAAGAUUUUGA